AUGCCGUCGCAGACUUGUCUCUUCCAGUCUUCUGCCAGACAUCUUGUCCUGGGCAGCCAAUGGGACCUGGGCAAUGAAAAAGCACGUGUGAAUUCUUCAGAGAACUUUGAUCUGAUCUGUUCACAAUACUUUGAUUCGCUGCCAUCGAGGCUGACGAAUGAGGAGAGAAAUAUAAUCCCAAAGCAAAACAGAUCUAUGCAUUUGGUCUUUCAGCAGAAGUUGGCGGCAGAUCCUGGAAUGCACAAUAUUAAGAAAAUUUAUCUUG